AUGGGGUCUAGUGUUCCAUCUCAAGAGGAGGUGGAGCUCACUGAUGACCAGAUUCAACAAUUGUUGCUGGAAGCAGAGAACCGACUGCGUGGUUCGGAUACCCAAAUCGCCCCGGCCGACGAUGUCGCUUCCUUGAGAAUUCCCAAGCUGUCUACCAGCUCUACUCUGGCGCCCUACAUGCGUCCGGAUGCGGAGGACAUUGCUACCGUUGAUUCGGCCCAGCUCAUCGAUCCCAAGCAAAAGAAGCUGUCCAACUCCCUUCGGUCUAUUGAGACCAAGUCUGCUACAAAGAAGUCGACUCUGCAGGACAAAGCUACCGCUGGACCCGAUUGGUUCAACCUCCCCAAGACCGAAUUGACUCCCGAGCUCAAGAGAGAUCUGCAGCUCAUCCGGAUGCGUUCGGUGCUGGAUUCUAAGAGACAUUACAAGAAGGAGAAUGGCAAGGCCAAGAUCCCCGAAUUCUCGCAGGUUGGCACCAUCAUCCAGGGCCCUACCGAGUUCUUCAGUGGUCGUAUUGCCAAGAAGGACCGCAAGAAGAACUUUGUCGAGGAGGCCUUGGCACUGGAGCGGGAGAACCGGCGCUUCGAGAGCAAGUACCGCGAAAUCCAAACCACCAAGACCAGUGGAAAGAAGGCUUUCUACAAGAGUUUGCAAGCCAAGAGAAAUCGGAAGAUCAGAUGA